CCGUACGUCAUGACGGAAGCAUCGUGACUACUACAACUCAUUCAGGAGUUUGCUGGAGAUUAUCGGCCUGUUUUUGUGGUUUCUUAAGGUGAUAGUGUGAGCUCUCUACUGCCAUGAGUACUCUGUUUGCCUGUGAGGACCCAGCCACAUGGAGGGGCGUGUAUGGGAAGUACUGGGAUGUAGUGGAAGCCAAAGCCAAAGGCAAAAAAACUGGAAAGCUGCUAAACCUCGACAAGUGGUACCAAGAAGAGCUGCCUACACUCAUUUCCAGUCGACCUGACCAACAUGUCACUCAGUCGGAGUUGGUGAAACUGAUGGAGUGGAAGCUUACUAGAGGGAAGUUCAGGCCGAGGCUGCAGCAGCUGGUGGCUUCCAACAGUGAGGACAUUGUGGAGAAAUGUUCCAGAAAGGCCUUCAGCCUCCUACCUGAUGUGCAGGCAGCUAUCGCACAGCUCAGCUCCCUGAAAGGAGUUGGCCCAGCCACCGCAUCAGCUGUGUUGGCAGCAGGAGCUCCAGAACAGGCUGCAUUCAUGUCAGAUGAAGCCAUGGAGAGUGUUCCAGGACUAAAGCCCAUCCAGUACACAGCCAAGCACUACACUCUCUACCUGGGCAAAAUGAUCGAGUGCACGGAAAAACUAAACAAAGUGGAUCCCAAGCAGGACUGGACGCCCCACAGGCUGGAGCUGUGUUUGUGGGCGCUGACGACAGCCAAACAGCAGCAGCUCCCGUUUCUAAAGGAUGCUGAUGUGAAAGCCAGCAGUGUGGCGGAGGAGUGCUCAGAUGCCGACACUAACCAGAGACCAGCAAAGAAGCUCAAAACAAGAUAAAGAUUAUUGCACAGUGUUUUUUCCGUUAAACUGGUUUUAAUAUUUGUCUGAUUUUUUUGUAUUUUCCAGAAUAAUAAAGCCUUUAUAUGAAAGAG